CAAAUGUAAGAAAAAUCCAAGUCCGACCUAGUCAUCAAAAUAAUCACCACCAUUCAAAAAUGAUAAUGUACAACACGCUCAUAUCCUAACAUUGUACCACAAUCCGUCCAAGUUCAAUUAAAUUCCCAAGUCUAAGAAGAAACCAACAACCAUUUUCAAUUACCACCUCUUAUUGAUCAUCUUGCAAAGAUCAAAGAUCAAUAAUUAAAGUGGAGCUAGUACUAGCAAAAUACAAUACACUCUUGUCAUUAUUUUCAAAUUACUGAAAAACAACCAUGGGAGAAGUUGAUCCAGCUUUCAUCCAAGACCCCGAGCACAGGCCUAAGCUCUCCGAUAACAAAGCCGCUGCCGCUGCUGCUGCCGACGUCGACGGCAUACCGCUGAUCGACCUCUCUCCGAUAAGCUCCACGGGCACCGGUGAUCACGAUCCUCGGGAACUCGAGCGCCUGGUGAGGGAGAUAGGGAGGGCGUGUGAAGAGUGGGGGUUCUUCCAGGUGAUCAACCACGGCGUGGCGGCGGAGACUCGGCGGAGACUCGAGUCUGUUGCGAGGAAGUUCUUCGAGCAGGCGGCGGAGGAGAAGAGGAAGGUGAGGAGGACUGAGAAGGAUGUGUUGGGUUACUACGACACUGAGUUAACCAAGAACGUAAGGGAUUGGAAAGAGGUGUUUGACAUGGCUGUCGUAGAGCCUAUCUUAGUCCCUUCUUCGCCUGAUCCUGAUGACCAUGAUUUGCUUGAGUGGUUCAAUCAAUGGCCAGACUACCCUCCUCAAUUUAGGGAAGCAUGUGAGGAAUAUGCUAGAGAAACGGGAAAACUAGCAAUGAAGUUGAUGGAAUUAAUUGCAUUGAGCUUAGGCGUGCCAGCAAACAAGUUCAAGGACUAUUUCAAAGACCAAACAUCCUUCAUGAGACUCAAUCACUACCCGCCUUGCCCCUUCCCUCACUUGGCUCUUGGUGUUGGUCGCCACAAAGAUCCUGGUUGCUUAACUAUACUGGCUCAAGACGAUGUUGGAGGAUUGGAGGUCAGGAGAAAGUCUGAUGGAGAAUGGAUUUCUGUCAAACCAACCCCAGAUGCUUAUAUCGUCAAUGUUGCUGAUAUCAUUCAGGUUUGGAGCAAUGAUAGAUAUGAGAGUGUGGAGCAUAGGGUAAUGGUGAACUCAGAGAAGGAAAGAUUUUCCAUUCCGUUCUUCUUCAACCCGGCACACUACACUGUGGUCAAGCCCUUGGAUGAGUUAAUUGAUGAGCAAAAUCCACCCAAGUUUAGAGCAUACAGUUGGGGCAAAUUUCUGGCUCAUAGGAGCCACAGCAAUUUCAAGAAACAAAAUGUUGAGAACAUCCAGACUUAUCAUUUCAGGUUGCAGUAGCAAACUGUAUUCUUCAGUCUAAAGUCCAUAU